CGUGAAAUGUUGAUGCAAUUUCUGGACGAGCACUGUUUACUGGAGAAUCAAAAAGCUAGAGAUUCAAAUGGAGAAAAUAUUCAUGUCUUUGCUUAUGAUUUCUUGUAUUUGCCUAUGGAUUUCAAAAGCAAGAUGAACAAAGGUUAUGCAUUUGUGAAUUUCACAGAUGAGAGAACUGUGUGGAAUUUUUUUGAGGUUUUUGACAAACUAAAUGUGUUUCCGGGAUCUACUUGGGCGGUUAAGAUUGUCACUGCGAAGAUCCAGGGAAAAGAGGCUUUAGUGAACCAUUUCAAGAACACAAGAUUCGUAUGUGAAUCAGAAGAGUUUCUGCCAGUUCAGUUUAGUCCUCCGAGAGAUGGUUCUGGGGAAUCGGUACAAAUGAUUACUGUAGGUGAAUACAAAGUCACUCCAUCUUGUUCAGAUAUUCUCAAGAAACCCCAACUUUAG